AGCCGACUCGCAGACGCGCCCCGCCCCUCGGCGUCGCUCGGGACUGGCGCAGGCGCAAGCCGGCAAGAUGGCGGCGGCUGGAGCUGGCCGUCUGAGGCGGGCGGCAUCGGCUCUGCUGCUGCGGAGCCCCCGCCUGCCCGCCCGGGAGCUGUCGGCCCCGGCCCGACUCUAUCACAAGAAGGUUGUUGAUCAUUAUGAAAAUCCUAGAAACGUGGGGUCCCUUGACAAGACAUCUAAAAAUGUUGGAACUGGACUAGUGGGGGCUCCAGCAUGUGGUGACGUAAUGAAAUUACAGAUUCAAGUGGAUGAAAAGGGGAAGAUUGUGGAUGCUAGGUUUAAAACAUUUGGCUGUGGUUCCGCAAUUGCCUCCAGCUCAUUAGCCACUGAAUGGGUGAAAGGAAAGACGGUGGAGGAAGCCUUGACUAUCAAAAACACAGAUAUCGCCAAGGAGCUCUGCCUUCCUCCCGUGAAACUGCACUGCUCCAGGAAAGAAGGAAUGAGAAACAUUAGCCUUAACGCAUCGAUGGAGGUUUACUAACCAAAUUAGUUAAAAAUCAGCAGAGAGUCAGGCCUCUUGCCAAGUGCUGGCUGAAGAUGCAAUCAAGGCCGCCCUGGCUGAUUACAAAUUGAAACAAGAACCCAAAAAAGGAGAGGCAGAGAAGAAAUGAGCCCUCCCUCGGCGAAGCCUCCAGCAGGCCACACCAGCUGUUUCCCACCUGCUGUGCAGUCACCUUAGAUGUUCAGAAGCCGCUUCCUCUCCUCUGAAGAGCUAUGAGAUACGCACAAUACUUGCUGUUCACGUUAUGACUCUCAUGCAAGCAAAAUACACAGUUUCAUUGUUCUGAA